CGUAUGUGGAAGAGUUUCUACGAGGGGUAUCUGAUUACCCAUUUCAUCCUCAAACACCGGGAAGCUCGUCCCCAUCAAAACACAACGCGGCCCCGGGUUUGCUCCGUCGUUAUUCCUUUUAAUAGCGCAAGUCUCUCCAGCGGGAAAGAAAUGAGUAUCGAAACGCUCCUGGAAGCGGCCAAGUUUUUGGAAUUGCAAGCCCAGCAACAACAGAAAGCACGUGAGGAGAAUGAUUUAAGAGAAAAGCUGCGUCUGGAGCAGUCUGUAGAGCAGAGGCGCUUCGAUGUCAACUACAACACCCCCGUCCACAUCAACAAUGUGGCCAAAGCCGAGCAACCCCUCACCGAACGCCGACCCUCCCCUUUACCACCCCCGAUGCCUCCCCCCUCGAUGCCCAUCACUGUCAUCCCCAUCCCAGUGGUCACCUCCAACCAUACAGGCCUACCCCCUGCACCAGCCACUACGCUCUCCUCUCCAGCGGCCCCACAUUUAGCAUCCCCAAGGCGGGAUCCCCAUUCCCCUCAGGAGCAGAGUGCUGCUACCCUGCCUCUUUCUUUGCAUCCCAAACCCGACCACCCUUCCCCUGUGCCAGAUGCUAACCACAAGCAACAGCAACAAAAUCACCAUCAUCACCCACAGCUCAUCACUCCACCUGGCAACACCAAACUACUUCAGCAGCCGCCCCAGCAGCUGAUUCAGGGAUACCCAAGCGCCGUCGUGUCUGGGCCCCAGCAGCAUGCCUUACUACCCCAGCCAGCCCCUCUGCCCCCGCAAGCCUCCCUGCAGAACAGCCCCACCAGCAGGGGGAGUCCCCCGGAUGAUGGCCGCCACCUGGACAACAAGAGACGGCCUGGAGGUGCAGGCACAAGAGAAGUGCAUAACAAGCUUGAAAAAAACAGACGAGCACAUUUAAAGGAAUGCUUUGAGACACUGAAAAAGAACAUUCCCAACGUAGAUGAGAAGAAGACCUCCAACUUGAGCGUGCUUAGAAGUGCCCUGAGAUACAUUCAGACUUUGAAGCGGAAGGAGAAGGAGUAUGAGCACGAGAUGGAGAGAUUGGCCCGGGAGAAGAUUGCCACGCAGCAGCGUCUGGCAGAGCUAAAAAAUGACCUGAGCCAAUGGAUGGAUGUCCUAGAGAUCGAUCGCGUCCUCCGACAGACAGUACAGCCAGAGGAGGAUCAGGCCUCAACCUCUACGGCAUCAGAAGGUGAAGACAUCAUGGAUGAUGACCUGGAUGAUGAGACUGUGCCCAAAACACCCACUGCCUUACCAGCUGUGCCUCAAGCCAUGCAACCAGAGUUGCGCAAGACUGUGGCCCCAACUGUGACACUCGCACCCACCACUACCUCCCUCAUCGCCCAACAUGUCUCCAUCCAGCACAAGACUCCUCUGCACCAGCCUCAGCUCCAGCCUCAGCCAACGACCUCUCCGCAGGCGCUGCCUAAACCCCCUGCCCAAUCUACUCUUGCAGUCGUAACAUCAGGCACUCCCACCACAACAAUUCAGGCUUUACUCCCCACCCAUGCACAAAUGGUGACCACCCCUAGCCUCCAGCCCACAGUCAUCGCCCAUGCCUCUGCUUCCCAUGCUUCGGUCAUACAGGCAGUCAACCACGUCAUUCAAGCAGGGGGACCCAAACAUAUUGCUCACCUGGCUCCCUCCACAACUACCAAUUCUGUUCAGUUGGCCCCUGGCCACCAGCCUAUCAGCCACAUAACUGUGCACCCAGUGACACACUUGGGCCAGCAUCUGCCUGCCCUUUAUCAUCAGCCUGUGGCCGUUACACAGCCAGCCAUGGUUGGCCACAUCUCUCACACCCUCACCCACACUCAGGUGAACGGUACAACAUCUAGCCAGCCUGCUGCCGCCAUUGUGGACAAGCAGACAGCAAUAGGCGCCCAGGUGGUCACCCACCACCCGCAGCUGGUAGGCCAGACAGUGCUCAACCCUGUGACUAUGGUCACCAUGCCCUCCUUCCCAGUCAGCACCCUGAAGCUAGCCUGAAUCUCACUUCCAUGAUCAGGCCACAGAUGGGCCAAGGAGUUACACGGACAGAGCUGCUCCCAGAUGUGGGAGAGCCACAGGCCUCAGACCAGACCAUCACCAAGCCCAUAGUUAGGCUAGAGGCAUGCAGCAGUUGCAAGAUGCCUCACUGAUCUAUGGAACUGCAUUACAAUCAGAAGCAUUUGAGCUAUUUUAAAAUAACUUUGAACAUUCCAAGAAGUAACUACAGUCUUGUUCAAUGCCGUUCUGAAAGGUGAAUGCAAAUCUGAUCCUAAAGUUGGGAUACGUCAGGCUGCUUGUGUUGUUCAAGGUGAUCAUGUUCAUAGUGUGUGGUAGUAUAUGGUGCAGCGGAAAGAGUCCAGCCCUUCACUUCCCACUCAUUAUUGCAGAUACUGGCAAAGUAAUGUCAGGUCUCUGUGCAUUCGUGCAGGGCAGGUUGACUCCUGACUUAAUGUAAGAAACUACAACAAAAUAAUGGUGUCACGAUCAAAGUUGGACAGUGCCUGUGUAUUUGCAAGUUUGUGGCUAGAUUGAAGAUUUGUUUUGUUUCUACUACUGUGGAACUACCUGGCUCUCCAGAGCUGUGAUAGUUUAGGACCAGAGCUCUCAACCCACCAUACACAGCACAUUGAGUUUAGUUAUAAGGACCUCCUUCUCCUCAGCAGAGGCACGUGGCUGCAGGGCAAAAGUGAAAUCAUGGCCUGGACUCCCUCCCAUGUGCCACAUGGCACCAGCUCCCCCUGCAGUUCGAAUGCCCUAACUGCUCAAAACCUCUGAUGAAAAUGUUUCUUCUUCAACAAAAAAGCUAAAGCCAGUUCACAUGUUUUCAAAAUUCAAUUGAAUCGGUAUGGGUACAGCCAAACUGAUAAAAUUAGACAUUACAUUUUACUUUGUCACAAUCAACAUGAUGCUAGGGGAUGUUGGUGACUGAUGAGGUAUUGGAUUGCAUGAUAGCGAUUAUACACACAGCCCCCUAAUCUAGUCUAGUUAAGUGGUUAUACAGCCUUGCCUGGCAGUUUUACUAUUUGAUGAAAUUUAUUUAAGGUGGUGAUACGUGCAUCUGAUUUUGUACUGUUGUCACUAACUGCACAGUGAUAAACAUGUCUUGAUUUGCACAAAAAAAAUAUUACGUUUGUGUACAUUUUACAACUUCUGUCCUUGGGAGGGUGGCAGCAUCUUCUAAUUGUAAUAUUCUGCUGGUUAACAUUUGAAAAAUGGGGCAACUGUACUGUAAAAUGCUGGUGAUGAAAUGAAGGUUCAAGUAUUUGAAUUGGAUAUGGAUUGUAAGCCAAUAGCGUACCAUCCUGUUUUCCUCAUCUCUAACAUCUGUGUGUGUCUAGCCGUACUGAUUAGUGAUGGUCGUUUUAGUUUUAGCGUAACUACAAGUCCAUAUGGUAAGAUAAGGGUAUACUCUGUUGAUGGCCCUUGUAGAAUGAAAGCUGUAUAAACCUCUUUAAAAGAUGUCAGUUAUAGCGCUUUUAUAGACAUCCAAAGCGCUUCUUAUUGAAUGGUGUAACUCCCGUCAACCACCACCAAUGUGUAGCACCCACCAUUUGUGUGGUAUAGCAUGGUUGUUUACCUUGUGAUUACAGAAGAACGGACUCAGGCAUGCCGAAUGGUAAGAGCUAAUACUUGGCAAACCAAAUAGUUGAAAGUGACAUAUCCAACCCUAUAUCAGAGCUGAGCGGCAUUCCUUCCAUUGUGUCAAUCCUGCUUUUGUAGUGACAGGGUAUUGGAGAUGAGUUGAAAACAGUAUUGGUGUGAUCCCAUACAGUUGGAGAUUUGUGCACUGUUUGGGGAAAAUUGGAUUCAAAUUUCCUCACCAAUUAUGAAAUUCUGUGUCUCUAGUAUGCCAUUUUAGACAAACGCCAGUAGAAUGUGUGUUUGCAUGUCACAACUUUGAUUGUUUUGGCACUGAGGACCUUGGAAGUACCCUUUGUUGUACCUCAUUUGGGGCCUACAGACUUUCAGACGCUGCAGCAAUAAUCUGUCGGUAAAUUUGAUUGGCUGAAAAUUUGAGCUUCGCCAUCCACAGUUGCGGGGAAGGAGCCAGUAACCCUACAUUAUGUUCUCAAAUGCGCCAGCACUUUUUCUAGAAGGAUUGAAACAAUUUAGAUCAAAUCAGUCCUCGUAUAUCCAAUUCAAGCACUGUGAUAUUGAGUAUCAAAUGUCCCUGAUGAGUCGCAAACCUGGUUUACAAUUGUGCAUAGUGCUUGCAAGUACAGCAACGAGCUAUGCUCCCCUAGCUUAAACUGAAUGUAUCAGUCUGUGAAAGGAUACAGAAUAAACGCACUUGUCAGAUUUUUUUUUUUACCCUGGAUUUAAAGAAAAAAUGAUUACUUUAUUAGAGUAUGUAAUCUGUGUGUACGCAUUCAAAAGAUGUUUGUAUUUUCAUUAUUCACUGUUGCCCGUUUCAUCUGUAGAAAGAUUUAUUCGGUGUAAAUUAAACUAGCAUUUUUGGGGACCAUGUUUAGUAUUGUAUAUUGAGGGUGACUACUACAGACAUCUUUCCACAUUGAUAUCACAUACAGUCACUUUGUAAAGUAUUCAAGCCCUUUAACGUUUUGCAUUUUGUUGUUACAAAACUACAAGAAGAAUUUGUUCCAAGCACCCCAGGUGCUCAGCAAAAGUGGAGAAAAAAAUUAAAUUUGGAAAUCAAUUUUAUUUUAACAGAUUCAGUCUUGAAUGCAUUUUGAGAAUUUUUUUUUUUUUUUUUGGAAAAACAAAUCAUGUAAAAGUUGAAUGGGUGUUCAAUACUUGAUGAAGUAACUAUUUAUAAUUGUGUGUUUUCUCUAUGGAGAAAGUUUUAAGUUCUAUAUUGCCUGUGAAGUUUGGGCUGCAUUUAGAUUUAAUUGUCCAUUGUGUAAAAUACAGAGAAAAGACAAAAUGGGGGAAAAAUGCUAAA